GCCCCCGCGGCCGGCGCGUUGCUGGGCGGGGCGGGUUGUGGUGCCGGCUGCCGUCUCCGCGCCGCGGCGGGAAGGGCCUGGCCCGGCCCCGCCCGGCCCGGUCUGGUCCUUCGGGGGUCCCGCUGGGGAGGGGAGCCCUGGGGGCUCGCUUCGGGUCCCGGGAGCUGGCGUCCUUCGGCGUCCCAUGCCGCAGCCCCGGGUAGCCCUAUGGAGAGAAGCCCGCGGAACGCCAUAGUCUUCAACGCGUCCAAAGGGGAGAGUUUCACUCUCGCCAGCAGCUACAAAUCCUUGCGGAAAAGGCUUCGCGGUAACUGGAAGGUGCAGAGCUUAAAAGAUGAGAUCACAUCUGAGAAGCUGUUUGGAGUAAAACUGUGGAUUACAGCAGGACCAAGAGAAAAGUUCAGUGCUGCUGAGUUUUCAGUUCUGAAGAAAUUCCUGGAGGAUGGUGGAGCCAUCCUGGUGAUGCUAAGAGAAGGUGGAGAGGCCCGAUAUGGCACAAAUAUUAACUUUCUGUUAGAAGAAUAUGGGAUCCUUUUCAAUAAUGAUGCUGUAGUACGAAAUGUGUAUUACAAGUACCACCAUCCAAAAGAAGCACUAAUCUCUGAUGGAGUUUUGAAUAGUAGGUUUUGCUUUUCAACAUCUUGUAGGGGAAUCAGUGAAGCUGCAAGAAAAACAGUCCUUGAGACAACAGAUGAAGAUGCAAGUGGACAUGACUCACAAGCGCUCACUUUCGUGUAUCCAUUUGGUGCCACCCUGAACGUGAUGAAACCAGCAGUGGCUAUUCUAUCAACAGGAUCUGUCUGCUUCCCGCUCAACAGGCCUAUUCUUGCUUUCUAUCAGCAUGAGAAUCAAGGUGGAAAGAUGGCAGCACUGGGAUCUUCCCACAUGUUCAGUGACCAAUAUUUAGAUAAAGAAGAAAAUGGUAAGAUCAUGGAUGUGCUUUUCCAGUGGCUCACAACAUCAGAUGUCCGUUUAAACCAGAUGGAUAUGGAGGACCCUGAGAUUUCAGACUAUACCAUGCUCCCAGAUACAGCUGCGCUGUCUGAGCAACUGCGAGUCUGUCUGCAAGAAGGAGAUGAGAACCCAAGGGACUUCACAAAGCUGUUUGAUACAUCCCUUUAUCAGCUGGAUACAACUGCCCUCCCUUCAGUUAUCAAAGCUUAUGAGCAGCUGAACGUGAAGCAUGAACCCCUGCAACUCAUUCAGCCUCAAUUUGAGACUCCACUACCUGUCCUCCAGCCAGCCGUUUUUCCACCUGCUUUCAGAGAAUUGCCUCCUCCCCCUCUGGAGCUGUUUGACUUGGAUGAAACUUUUUCCUCUGAGAAAGCUCGUCUUGCAGAGAUAACGAACAAAUGUACUGAUGAUGACCUGGAGUUUUAUGUACGAAAAUGCGGCGAUAUCCUAGGAGUAACAAGUAAACUCCCAAAGGAUAAGCAAGAUGCCAAACAUAUCCUGGAGCACAUCUUCUUCCAAGUGGUUGAGUUUAAGAAACUGAACCAGGAACACGAUACUGACACAAGUGAGGCUGGAUUCCAGAAUGGUAGCUGAGACCUGGCUUCUCCUGUUUGAGAUAGACCUUUUAGUAAAAACAUACUUUUCUAUUUUUUUCAACUGUGUUCAGCUUGUUGAUUGGGACUGUCUCCGUAGUUCAGUGACUGAUUGGAUUGUUUAUGUGUAGUAAUUUGGAUAAUCAAUGCCUUUGGAGGAAGUGCUUGUAUUUUGCAAGCACUUUCCAAAUAAUUUCCUUUUUUUUCUACUUCUUUACUGAAACUGUGAUUUUGUAAUAUAUGAAAAAUAUACUAAGAAAAUGUUGGUUUGGUCCUUC